UUGCACAGGCAACCCAUCGGGAGGAAUCUGACAGCGAAGAAAUGAUCGGAGAAAGACUGGGGUCUAUUCAACACAGGUGCUCUGUCCUGUCAUUAAAUAAAAAGCCGUAAUAUUACGGCAUCGAUGUUUAGAAAUGGAGGGUCAUAUAAUUGGAGUGAUUGUAGCCUUAUUAGCAGUGACCCUAACUGGAACAUUUCUUUCACCAUUGGAACCUGAAAAGAAACUCUUUGCUCUUCGGAUCCAACUUCUAUUCGUAUUUUUACUCGCGUUGUUUAUGUUGUCGCGCUUCCUUUGGUUUCGCAUCACAAGUUCCUUCAGUCAUAACUCACGAGCUAGCAAGUUUGUCAGGCUCAUAUUAAUGAUUAUUUUAGGACUUGGUAAUUCCAGUAUUAUUAUAGGACAUUAUUUCGUAGGUGCAGAACCGUAUUUCCUCACGAUAUUAGCUUAUUUGUGUUUGGGAUUCAUGGUGCUGACAUUUCUAAAUAUUCUUGUAUGGAACACCUUGUUGUCGGUAUUGAGCCUCCUUAAGUUUCCAUGGCAACGAGAAAAAUGUCUAAAGAUAGUCAAAGCUGGCAUUGUUUUUAUAUCUCUUGUUAUUUCUUUUUUGAUGUGUGUAUCUGGCUGGUACACAGCAAUGGGAAAAUCAAAAAUGGUUGAUGUUUCUAUUCCCAUAUCUAAGCUUCCAYUCGCUCUGAAUGGGACAAGGAUUGUUCAACUGUCUGAUAUUCAUCUCGGACCCACUGUGGGAAAGUCCAUGCUUGAGGAUGUUGUUGCCAUGGUAAUGGCCAAGAAACCAGAUGUUAUAGUAAUAACAGGCGAUUUAAUAGAUUCAAGUGAGAUGUCAUUAGUUAAUGCAGCAGCACCUUUGGGAAAGCUUGAAGCAAAAUAUGGUAGCUUCUUUGUCACUGGUAAUCAUGAAUACAUAGCAGGAAAUGUAAAUACCUGGUUUAGAGAACUAAAAAAGCUUGGAAUAAUGCCACUGCACAAUGAACGAGUAAAGAUAUCUGAUUCAAGUAAUUCUGAAGACUUUUUCUACUUGGCCGGGGUAGAUGAUAUUCAAGCUAAUUCUUUUAUGUUCCCUGGACAUGGCAUGAACCUUCAAGAAGCACUCCAAAGUCGUCAAGCUAAGUAUCCCACAAUUCUCCUUGCUCAUCAACCUCAAGCUGCAAAGUUAGCAUUGAAAGAAUAUAAGGAUAUUGACUUGAUUCUGUCUGGCCACACACAUGGGGGUCAAUUCUUUCCACUUCAUAUACCAAUUUACUUGUGGAACCCUUUUUUUGCUGGUUUGUAUCACCAGGAGGGAACUUGGAUUUAUGUGUCAUCAGGAACCAAGUAUUGGGGUAUUCCGCUUAGAAUAGGAUCUCAACCGGAAAUCACCACAAUAACUCUUAAAAAAGAGUGAGAUAAAAUUAAAUAUUUAUUUCAAAAUUCAUAUAAUUAUAUCCAAUGCAAAAAAAUAUAUAUUGCCUUUUUAAGUCGAAAAAAUAUUAUGUGCACUGGCCGGGAAUCGAACCCGGGCCUCCCGCGUGGCAGGCGAGAAUUCUACCACUGAACCACCAGUGCAACUCAUGAACGUGUAGCUGAAUUUUCACUAUUUAUUAUCUUGUGUUUAUGAUUAUUUAUGAUUUAAAGCGUUUAUGAUGAAGCGCUUGAUGAAGGAUAAAGAGAAAUAAAGAGUACUAAAAAGCACAUACAGUGAUAAAAAUAUGUUUGUUUUCUUUUGUUCCAUUCUGUCAG